AUGGCGCGCGUAGUAGAGCCGCCAGGCCAGGGUCCGAGGCGAGGGGAGGGCCAUUGGUUAUGGCAAUAUGCACGUGCGUCCGCUCCCCGCUCGCCCGCGCCUGACGCACCGCCGCCGCCAUCACAUUCACGGCCUGAUCUACGGCUGGAUCACGACGGGGACUAUUCCAGCCACGUCCUGAACCAUUCCGCCGACCUCGGCGGCCGCCAGAACCAGCCGAGUGCGGACGCGGCGGGGAUUGUUCGCGACGCCCAGAUUCCCAGCGACGCCCAGGCGAUCCCCUGCCCCGCCUUGCCGGAGAUCGCCGCGGAGAGCGCUGAGCGGGGGAUCGCGCUCGCGGUGACCGCGGGGCUGCUCGACCACGGGGGGAUGGGCGCCGAGGAGAGCGGGGACGCGCAGGGGACCGCUGAUCGCCCUCCCUGCGUUGACGAGGGUCACGAUGCUCAGGAGAAGGGCGGCGAGGAAAGGGCUGCCAAGGAGGUUGAUGUGGAGGCGAGCGCCCGCGCUCCUGACGCGGCUAACCGUCAGGGCGGUUCGACGCAACACGCGCGGGGGCCCACGAAUACUCCGGCGAGGUGGGCCGCGCGGCAGGCUGAAGAGGAAGAGUUAGCCCACGCUCGAAGCGGCGGACGGGCUCGCUUGCGGAGGGGCGCGCAGAGACACGCAGACGAAACCCGGCAGGCGCAGGCUCCGGCUGCGCGCGCGCUCUCCGCAGAACCCUCUAGCUCCAGAUCUCGUCCCGCGGAUGGGUCCAUCACCCCCGACAAUACCGCAGCCGACGCCAGCGCGCCGGCAAACGGCUACGCGAGAACUGCAGAGAGGCUAAUGCGGGAAGGCGUGGAAGGUGGCGAGGAGGCGCCUAGCGAGGAAGCAGAGGAGGAAGUCGAGAAUGAGGAAAGUGACGGGGGUGACCCCGUUUUUAACCCUGAAAGAGAGGGGAUGUUGGAAGCAGAAGCUGAGGAAGACGAGGAGGAGUUGGAACUUCUGCUUCGGGGAGCAGAGUUCCCCAGCCCGAAUGCCCGAGGCGAACCUGCAAACCGAACCACAGCUCGAAAUCGAGCCGCGGGGGGAAUUCAAGCAAGGGGGGGAAAUCGAGCCGCGACAGAGAACGGAGUUGACUCUACGGCAGCCAAUGGGAAUUCUGCAGCCCCAAUUCCAACCCCCCCGAUGCUCAAACCUGACGACCUGGCGAAAAACUCUGACCUGUUCGCACAGGUUGCAGACUGGGACCUCGACCCGUUGCGCGACAGACGCCAACCACCUCUCGCCCGCCACCCCCCAAAAGACCUUCGCGAGUCCUUCGCGAUUUGCCUGCUGACGCCGUUACUCCACCUGGCAGCCAACCCCGAGUCUGCGCCAGGAUGGAAUUUACUGACCUUCCUCCCGCGCAUACUCCUUCGCACCUCGUCAGCCCGUAAACCUGAUUGGAGCGCGAUGAUGAACCGGCUCCUGCGUUUUCGCCAAGGAUUCUGGGCCGGCCUUUACGAAGAAGCUGCCGAGGCGAUUUCCCUCCCACCGCAACCUCGCCACGCACCUGAAGUACUCGACGCCCUCACGGCGAGACACCCACCUGCAUGCCAAAUGCUACCUGAAUGGCUACAUGCCGCCACAGCAGAAAACUCACCUGCUAUCGAAGCCCGCGACUUCAGGAGGCUCAUCGCCAAGCUCCCCAAUGGAGUAGGGGCUGGCCCCUCAGGAACCACCUUCGAACACAUCCGCGAUGCAGCCCUAGGAAAUGCCGAAGUAUUCACCCACCUCCUAGCCCUCUCCAACACGGCUCUAGCAGGGAAACUACCUGCCGUCGCGGGGGAGCUCCUUACCGCCUCCCGCCUGUUAGCCUUUACGAAACCACACGGAGGGACGAGGCCGAUCGCGGUUGGAGAGUGUCUCCUUCGGGUCAUCGCCAAAGCUGCACUCUUCCUGAUCGCGCCGGUCGCUAGAUCUCACUUUGCCCCCCUUCAGUUCGGCGUGGCAGUAGUGGGGGGGAUUGAAGCGGCUAUCCACACGGCGCGUACAUACCUGGAGGUCCAUUCUAAAGCAGGGGUGCAGAUUCUCGGCAGCCCCAUCGGCACGCCCCAGGGCUGCGCCAGCGCGGUGAGGGAGAGACUAGCAACAGCAGCAGCACCGCUCCCCCUACUGGCCCAAAUGGAUCCCCAGCUUAGCCUCCUCCUCCUCACCCGCUAUGUCAGCCGCCGUGCCUCCUUUUUGGCCAGAAUUACCCCUCUGGAGGCGCUACCUGUAGCGGAAUGGUCUACUUGGGGGGAGUAG